AUGGAGCAGCCCACCCUGAGCAGGGCAACCAACCCGCUGAUCGACGCGCUGGUACUGCAACAUCUGCAGAAGCGUUUUCCGCAGUCGGCCGAGUGUCUGCAGCGCGAGCUCGCCAGCCGCGACGCCGCUGCGGCCGCGCCGCCGCCGACCAACCGGCACGCGCUGCUGAUGCUCCUCGCUCCACCAGGCGACGAGACGCCGCUGUGGGCGACGGCGUACGCCGAGGUGCGCGACUGGGUGGACGGCGCGCUCGACACGGAGGGAGCGAGGUACAAGCCCGAGCUCUCGCGGCUGCUCUGGCCGCUCUUUGCGUACACGUACCUCGAGCUGCUGCGCGCGGGUGCGCGCGAGCAGGCGGGCGGCUUUUUCGCGAGCUUCCACGCGGACCACGCGCUGAUGCGGCGCGACGAGCUGAACCAGCUGUCGCAGGUCUCGUCGGCCGAGCAGGUCGACGCGUCGGAGUUCGCGCGCCGCCUCCUCACCUCGCGGUACGAGGUGCGGCUCUCCGCCUUCUCGCGAGCGCUGCUCCUCGGCUUCGUGGCGGAGCGGCGGCUGCAGCUGACGCUGCGGAUGCUCAACGAGCGGAUCAAGCUCGCGCUCCCGGAGACGCUCGCGCCGAGCGACGGCGGGGGCCCCGCCGCCGUCGCCUUGGAGGACGAC